AUGGACGCCAUCUUCCAAACAGCAGGAAAUCUUCUCCCAUACCACCUCCUCUGCUACGGCACCUUACUAGGCACACAGGUAUACCAGAGCUUCAUCAACACAAAGCUCUGCUACAAGUACCUCCCUAUGCGUGAAUUCCUUGGCCUAAACAAACGCAUCUUCCCAGUCUACUUCACCUGCCAGAUAGGUCUCGCUGUACUGACAGCAGCUACACGCCCACCAUACAGUAUCUUUUCUCUUACGAUAGAUCCAUGCAGUGCUGCGCCACUAGUUGUCAUUUUGACAAUGGGAUCGUUGAAUUACUUUGUUUUUGGGCCGAAGACUACAACUGCGUCUUUCAUUAGACGGGCUUUACAAGAGAAGGAUGUUCAGUCGCACGUGGAUGAGGAAAAGGUGAAGCGGGUGAAUCGCAAUUUUGCACGCAAUCAUGCGAUGUCGAUUCAUCUUAAUGCUAUUGCGUUGGUUGCGACUGUCUGGUAUGGCUUCUCGUUGUCACAUUCUAUUCUGAUCGGGCUUUAG